AAAUAUUGCUGAAAGUCACUACGGCACCGCACAUCAACUCACCAUGCUUUCUGUCUCCGCCUCUCCGCUUCCCAAAAUUUCCAUCAAAUCUCCGUCCGCUGCGCCUCAAAGGACCAGAUUCCGGCCACGGUUUAUUUCUAACAGCGCCACCGCUUACAAGGAAAGGUCCAAUCUUUACCUGAGUCCUCAACAGAUGGCAUCGUGCACGUCGCUGUACGAGAUUCUGGGGAUUCCGGUUGCUGCCACGAGCCAGGAUAUCAAAUCAGCUUACCGACGAUUGGCGAGGACUUGCCAUCCUGAUGUCGCCGCUUUGGAACGGAAAGACACCUCGGCCAAUGACUUCAUGAAGAUUCAUGCCGCGUACUCCACUCUAUCGGAUCCUGAGAAACGCGCCGUUUAUGAUCGCAAGUUUAUUAGAAGGAACCGGCCGUUGACCGUCAGUUUUUCGGGCUAUCGUGGCCGGAAUUGGGAGACGGACCAGUGCUGGUAGCCGAGUUGGCUCAACUGACUACAUCACUGAGUUUAUCUAAUCAGAGAUUAUCGCAAGAAAUCGGCAAUAUGUAGAUAUGAAAUAUGAACUCUGUACAUAUGAAUGAUUACUACUGCUAACAUGUUUGAGCUUCCACCUAUGGAAGUUUUCCACCAAAAA